AUGCCUCUCAUAGCAGAUGAUCUCAGUCCCAUUAGUGAAGACUUCUCUGUGUUCUCCGAGUCCGCUUCCUUUGAUGACGAAGAAUUUUCGCAGGAGAAUGAAACCAUAACGCCAAUUGCCAUAAUUGGCUUUGCCUUCCGAGGUCCUGGGGACGCAACGUCGUCAGAGGCGUUUUGGGAUCUUCUCAACGAGAAGCGCACUGCAGCUUCCGACUAUCCAUCUGAGAGACUCAAUCUAGAUGCGUUCUAUAGGGAUGGAGAGAGGAGGGUGGGAGAGCUUCCUCUAAAACAGUCACACUUCGUCAAAGAUGAUAUCCGUGCAUUCGAUGCAGGCUUCUUUAGCAUAUCUCCCGCAGAAGCGUCCGCAAUGGACCCAAUGCAACGCAUUUUACUGGAGACAGCAUAUCAAGGGUUUGAAAAUGCUGGAAUACCUCUCAGUGCGCUCCUUGGAUCAAACACCUCAGUAUACACGGGAAGUUUUACGACAGACUACCAAGCCCAAUUGACGAAAGAUCCUGCAACUAUUCCAACAUACGGAGCCACAGGCGGAAGUGCAUCUAUCCUCGCCAACCGAAUCAGCUGGUUCUUUGACCUCAAGGGACCCAGUGUAAAUCUUGACUCAGCAUGCUCGAGCUCAGGGAUGGCUUUAGAUCUUGCGUGCGAGAAUCUACGAAACGGGAAUACUAACAUGAGUCUCGUCGGAGGCUGCAAUCUCUGCUUCUCCCCAGAAUACUUCACCAUGCUCACAAACCUAAAAAUGCUUUCUGACGAUGGACGCUGCUUCAGCUUUGAUUCCCGGGCAAACGGUUACGCGAGAGGCGAAGGCUUCGGCACCGUAGUCCUCAAGCGACUUGACGACGCAAUCGCUAACGGGGAUACCAUUCGAGCGGUGAUUCGCUCGACUGGAUGCAAUCAUGGUGGUCGAAUGCCUGGAAUCACGCAGCCGAGCAAGUUCGCACAAGAGGCUUUGGUUCGCGAAACGUAUAGGAAGGCCGCUCUUUCGAUGAAGCCUACAAGAUUUUGUGAAACGCAUGGGACUGGCACUGCGUUGGGGGACCCGAUCGAAUCUAUGGCUCUGGGAAGGGCUUUCAAGGAGUCGAGGACUAAUUCUGAUCCCUUGAUACUGGGUGCGGUGAAAAGUAAUAUCGGCCAUCUUGAAGGAGCCAGCGGAAUCGCAGGCCUCAUCAAGACUGUGCUAGUUCUCGAAAGCGGGUACAUUCCACCAAACGCCAAUUUCGAGAAAUUGAACCCCAAGAUCGAUCCCGAAUAUCUCAGCAUAAAGAUCCCUCAGGAGAUAAUGAGAUGGCCCAGCAACGGACUGCGAAGAGCAUCUGUCAACUCCUUCGGAUUUGGCGGUGCAAACAGCCAUGUCAUUCUGGAUGAUGCCUAUAAUUUCCUCCGACUGAGAAAUCUGCACGGAAAACAUCAAACACGUUCUUUCCAGAGUGCAGAGAAUGAUCGCCCUGAGCCUCUAUCUCGCGCCGAUUCGUUCAUGUCCGGUGGCAGCGAUCGCACAGAUUUCUAUGAUGGGCUCACUAGAAAGGUGAUUACACCGAAGAUCCUCUUCUUCUCAGCAAACACCAAGGAUGGGCUUAAGCGUGUGCUUGAUACUUACAGCGACCAUUUAAACCGCGAUCGCAAAGACAAAGACUCUAUUUCCGUCGAGGAUCUAGCAUAUACACUGGACAGUCGACGGUCACAUCUCCGAUGGAGAUCAUAUGUAUCCGUUGCUUCGGAUGAUGAUCUGAAGCGUAUUUCCUCAUUAGCUUCAAUGCCAGCGGAGAGCAAGGCGAAGCCACCCCGAAUAGGUUUUGUUUUCACAGGGCAAGGGGCACAGUGGUUUGGCAUGGGUCGAGAACUGAUGGUGUACCCAGCAUUUAGAGCCAGUGUUAAGAAGUCAGAUAUGCACCUUUUCAAGACAGGUUGCCCUUGGCUGGCUACUAGCCUAAUCGAUGGUAAUGUCAUCAAAAUGGUGGAUAUUAAUGAUACUGUCAUCAGUCAAACACUGUGCACCAUCGUUCAGAUAGGAAUUGUCGAUCUUCUUGCUCAUUUCAGAGUAACAGCAUCCGCGGUUGCGGGGCAUUCUUCCGGAGAGAUUGCUGCUGCAUACUGUUCUGGAGCCAUUACUCGAAAGACAGCGAUCGAGCUGGCUUACCAUCGCGGGUACUAUGCUAGUACGUUGUCGGCGCGUAGUCCUGAGCGAGGCGGCAUGAUUGCCCUUGGAAUAUCAGGUUCAGAAGCGCAGCCUUUCAUCGAUCAAGUGAAAGCCAAAUUCAGUGGUCCUUGGUUUCUGCACGUCGCGUGCUACAAUAGUCCCAAGAGUAUCACAGUAUCAGGUCCGCAGGAUCAAAUCCACGAGUUGAAAGUAUUUCUGGAUGCCGCCAGUGUCUUCAACCGUGUGCUGAGUGUUCCGGUCGCGUAUCACUCGCCUCAGAUGGAGAUCAUCGCCGCCGAUUACCGCGAUGCCAUCGGCGCCAUACCAGAGGCGAAAAUGUCGAUUCCUAUGAUAUCCUCAGUCAGUGGCACGCGAGCAGACGCAAAAUCUCUCCAAACCGCCGAAUACUGGGUCAAAAACAUGGUGUCGCCCGUUCGAUUCUCCGAAGCUCUACAAUACCUGACGAAGACAUCGCCAAAGUCCGUCACAAAGAAGCUUGACAGAAGCCACCUGCUCACGGCGGCGGUAGACAUGCUCAUCGAGAUUGGACCACAUUCAGCACUCAAAGGCUCCAUCAAGGAUUCCUUGAAGGAAAGCUCUCGCGGGUCCGAAAUUGAAUACUGCCAUUCGCUCCUACGAAACAAGUCGGGCGUUGAGACUAUACAGCAUCUCGUCUCAUUUCUGCACUGUCGGGGCUCUGAUGUUGACUUGAGGCGGUUGAACGAUCCCAUGGAUGUGCCACGGUCGUUACUCAUCAAUCUUCCCGCAUAUCCAUUUGAUAGAUCACAGCACUAUUGGUACGAAAGUCGGAUAGGCAAGGAUUUCAAGUUCCGCUCGCAUGGAUACCAAGAGUUCUUGGGAACGCAGGCUUUGGGCUGGUCACCGCUGGCACCGCAGUGGAGACUUUUCAUUCGAACCAAGGAGCUUCCAUGGGUAGAGGACCAUAAGAUCAAUGGCGCUACACCAUAUCCCGCCUCGGGAAUGCUAGUGAUGGCUGCAGAAGCUGCCACCCAACUCACAGAGUCUCUAGGUGAGAUCGAAGGCUACGAAUACGGCGACACUCGAUUCUCCGCCGCGAUCAACAUCCCCGCGAGUGGUAACAUCGAAGUACGAAUCGCCCUCCACCCAUCGGAAGCUCACAAGAACUCCUUCGCAUUCACCAUAAGCAGCGUUACGGACGAAACCAACUGGGUCGAAAACUGCACGGGCGACAUCACCGUAUACCUCAAAGCCGACCACUCCCAGACCCUAGAUUUCGCCAACGACACAGCUAUCAACUACGACACCCUCGUGCGCGAGCUCGACCAUGAGCUUUCUGGCAACGAAUUCUACAACUUCCUGUGGCAGAUGGGCUACGGCUACGGCCCUGCAUUCCAAAAGCUCGAGAAGAUCCAAUACGACUCGAGCCACCACCGCGCACUGGCGCAAAUGCAUCCGUACCGCUCAUCCAUAAGCAAGAACUCGAUCGUGCACCCCGCAACGCUGGACGCGAUCCUGCAUCUGCGGUUCGCGAACCUAUUCGACGCGGGGACGAAUCCGGUGGGCACGUUCGUGCCGACGAAGUUCGACUCGCUUUGGAUUGACAGGCAUGGCUUGAACCACCCAGAUGAGUACUUGAAUGUCGCCACGGUGAGUCAUGAGAGCUCAUUCAGACAUGCGAGGAGCUCCGCGAAGGUAUUCAACCAGGCGGGCGAUAGGACGCUGCUUCGAGCUGAGGGCAUCGAGUUGACGCUCGUGGCUGGGGCUGCGAAGAAAGCGGAGCCGGCUGCUGGGAGCGAACACUCGUUGAAGUGUAUACACAUGGAAGUUGAUCCGGACUUGCAUGACGCGGAGCAAAUGCGAGCGUAUCUAGAGGAGAUGCAUCCCAAAGAGGAUACAUCCGCAGAGACGCAUGACCUGUUCCGCAGAUACAUACAGCAUUGCUUGAAGCACACUCAACAGCAUUUCUCCAGCACGGGACUCUGGCCAACAUCUCCACGCACACAAGCUUACAUGAAGUGGGCACAAAGCCAAAUCGACUCUACGGGCAUCCUAUCAGACACAGACCUUGAAACCAUACGCGUCCAAGUCUCGCAACUAGGCGCUAAAGGACAGCUAAUCGCACACAUUGGCCAGAACCUCACUGAAGCCCUUCUCAAUCAAUCAUCACCCCGACAAACACUGAACGGCAAUGACAACCUCGUAGACGCGUACUAUCACGGACAAGCCUCGACAAAAUCCUACUACAAGCAACUUUUCAAAUACAUCGAGCUUCUCGCACACAAGACGCCCGAUAUGAAGAUCCUCGAAAUCAGAGGCGGCAACGUGUCUCUCACGCCGUUCAUUCUCAAAGCUCUGAGUAGCAGCGAAACAGAGCCCAUGACACAGCUUCGCUGUUCGGAGUAUCACUUCACUGAUGUCGAUGGCGCGUCCGUUGAUAUCGCUCGGGGGGCCCUCAAGGCACUGAACAGUAAGCUUAAGUUCCAAGUUCUAGAUCCCGAGAUGGAUGUAGCGACGCAAGGGUUUGAAGGCGAGUCUUUCGAUCUCGUGAUUGAUGUUUCGCCGUCGAGCGUCACUAGAAGACAUGGCGGCAUGCUGUCGAAUGUUCGGAAGCUACUCAAGCCUGGGGGUAGACUACUUCUACGAGGUGCAUCUACACACGAUCUCGUGGAUAACUUCACUUGGGGUGUACUACCGCAGUGGUGGUCUGGCGACUCGGAUGACUGCUCCAACGAUCCAGAGCGAUCGAAUCAUACCCUCACCUCCAGCGGCUUCAGCGACACCAACCUCAUCCUCCACGAUCAUACCUCCCAUCAAGCCACCAUAGCCAUCACCCGCGCAAUCUCCCCCAACAACCCCAUCCCCAUCACCUCCCAGCCUCCCAUAACCAUCCUCAUCAGCGCCACCAGCACCGCCCAACACGCCCUCGCCACCACCCUACAAUCGCACCUCGCCCUCCAAACCCGGUCUCCAUGCACCGUCACCACUCUCUCCUCCUCCCUCUCCGCCUCCACUCUCUCCACUCACCGCAUAAUCUCCCUCCUCGACACCGUCACCCCCUUCUUCCCCAAUCUCAACGAACUCGACUACACCGCGCUCCAACGCCUCUUCAAACACGCCACCACCAUCCUGUGGGUAACCCACGGCGGCGGCGAAGCGUCCAACACUCCCGGGUACAAUAUGGUGCAAGGGUUCGCGCGGCCGAUUCGCGUGGAGCAUGCGGGGAUGAAGUUCACGACUCUUGCACUGGAGCCGAGCGGGGAGAUGACGGGGGAGCAGGCGGGCAUGAUGGUGAGGGUGUUGGAGGCGGUGGAGAGGGCGGAGGCGUACGAGCAUGAUUAUACCGUGAAGAAGGGGCGGGUUUAUGUGGAGAGGAUGGUUGAGACGGGGAGUUUGACGGGGGAGUUUUUGGCGCGCAUGGCGAGAGAUCGACCUGUGGAGCGGAGACUCGGAGAGCUGCCGCCAAUGAAGCUGGGCAUCGGGACCAGAAGCCAGUUGGAUACGCUUGAGUUUGUAGUUGAUGAUGGGGGGAAGGAGGAGAUUAUGGGUGGUGAGGUUGAGGUCAAGGUGGCGGCUGUAGGGUUGGAUGCUCUCGAUCACUCUGUGGCGACAGGUCGCUCUGACGAGAGCAAUUUUGGUCGAGUAUGCGCUGGUGUCGUCACUUCAGUCCAUCAAGAAUGUGAUUUCGAAGUCGGUCAGAGGGUGUUGAUACACGGUCGAGGGCAUUGCAGCACUCACGUCCGAGCAUCGCAUCAAUUCGUCAUCCCACUGCCUGACGACGUCUCCUUCGAGCAAGCAUGCGCUAUCCCACACAACCUCAUAACAGCAUCCUAUGCCAUACACGAGUUGGCAAAGCUGGUGCGUGGGGACAUCAUUGUUCUCGACUGCGCGGGCUCCCUCCUCCAGGCUUCAUUAUCCAUCAGCCAUGCCCUAGGCCUCAGUGUCUUCGUGCUCGCGAAAAACGACUCCGAUAAACUCUCCAUCGUCCAAGAGUACGACAUCCCCGUCGAGAAAGUCCUUGUCGUGAAUCCCACACUCAAGUACACAUUCAUGGCAUCCACAGGCGGCAGAGGCGCAGACGCGGUUCUCAGUACUCGCGCUAAUGCACCCAUUCUUGACGUCCUGUCACCUCUCGGUACAGUCGUCAACAUCGACGAUCCAGCCCGUCAAACGGCGCAAAUCAAUCCGGGGAUGACGGUCAUCAACCUCGACAUCGCGAUGCUCGCACGCGUCCGGCCUCACCUACUACGACCGGCGUGGGCGCGCGCACUGGAAUCCGCGGCGUCGUGGAAUGCGGGUGAGAUUACGACGUACACCGCAUCAAACGUGAAGGCUGCGUUUGAAUUCAUUUCGACUGCGAAGUUGUCGCGUAAUGUCGUUCUGCGAUUCGAUCCAGAAGACGUGAUACAGACAAAACUCCCACCAAAACACACGUACUCGCUCGUCCGUGAUGCCACAUACCUCGUCACAGGCGCCUUCGGAGGCCUAGGCCGCAGCGCAGUGCGCUGGCUCGCCAUGAAGGGCGCGACGAACCUCCUCCUGCUCUCACGCUCCGGCGCUCGGAGCGACGAGGCGAAACAGCUUGUCGCUGAGCUGGAAGCGCAGGGCGUACGGGUAGCAGCACCGGCAUGCGACGUUGCCAACGGGGACGACGUACGGCGCGUGAUCGCUGCUGCUGGAGCCUCGAUGCCCGCUGUGCGCGGGUGUCUGCAUCUCGCGGUGUCAGGAAGGGACCUCGUCUUCGAAACAAUGCCCUACGCCUCAUGGCAGACCCGCAUGGCCGCCAAAGUCCAUGGCACGCUCCACCUGCACACGCACCUCCCAUCCUCCCUCGACUUCUUCGGCAUGACGUCCUCCGUCGGCGCCAUCACUGCCAUGAUCUCCAUGUCCGCCUACGCGGCCGCGAACUCCUUUCUCGACGACUUCUCGCGACACAUCAACCGCCGCAGCGGGGGCAAGACGAAGGCUUUUUCGAUCAGCUACGGCCCUGCGGAGGACAUCGGGAUGUUGGAGGGUCAGGGGGAGAUGUUUGAGAGGUUAAUGAGGUUUGGGCAGUACGUUGCGGUGUCGGAUAGGGAGUUGUUGGCGUUUUUGGAGUACUAUUGCGAUCCGGGGUUGAAGAUGGGCGGCUUGGAGGAGGAGCAUGCGAGGCCGGUCGUGGGGAUUCAGACGCCGGGGCAGAUGCUGGCGAGGGGGUUGGAGUUGCCGGUUGGGUUCAGGGCGCCGUUUUGGAAUAAUUUGCUGGAGGUUGGUGAUGGGGAUGAGGGUUCAGGGGCGGAGAAGAGUAAUGGGGGAGUGGUGUCGUCUUCGGAGACGGUGAAGAUGAGGCUGGGUAAGGCGGCGUCGGAUGAAGAGGCUCAUGGGAUUGCGGCGGAGGCGUUGGUUAAGCGUGUUGCGAGGAUCACGUCUAUGGCGGAGGAUAACAUCGACGUCGCGCAGCCGAUUCAUACGUUUGGGAUCGACUCUUUGACGGCGGUGGAGUUGAGGAAUUGGAUCGCGGGUGCUUUUGAGUAUAACAUUGCUGUUUUCGACAUCUUGAGCUCGGCGACAGUGGAUGGGGUCGUCAAGGCGAUUGUGAGGGAGGUGCGGCAGUGA